CGCCUCCCUCCUCAGCAGCUCCUCCCCAUAAACUCCCCUCCUCAUCAGCUCCUCCCAGAUCUCCCCUCUCCCCGCUUUCUCGCUCCAGCUCCUCCCCGCCUCCUCGUUCCCCUCCCCCUCCGCCGCUGCUCCCUGCCCCCGCCGUCGCCGCGGAUCUCCGUCUCCGCAGUCUGGGCCGCUGGGUGCAGACGCUGCCGCAGACCCAGCGGCCACAGCCGCCUCCCUCAAUCCCAGUAUCCAUUGUCUCCCGCCCCACCUGGCCCUCCACUUCCCCCACAACCAUGGCGCACGAAUCCGGGAGGAGCUCUCGUCUUGGGGUGCCCUGCGGGGAGCCGGCAGAGCUCGGAGGUGAUGCUAGCGAGGAGGAUCACCCCCAAGUCUGUGCCAAGUGCUGCGCACAAUUCACUGACCCAACUGAAUUCCUCGCCCACCAGAAUGCAUGUUCUACCGACCCUCCUGUAAUGGUGAUAAUUGGGGGCCAGGAGAACCCCAACAGCUCUUCGGCCUCCUCUGAACCCCGGCCUGAGGGUCACAAUAAUCCUCAGGUCAUGGACACAGAGCAUAGCAACCCCUCAGAUUCUGGGUCCUCCAUGCCCACGGAUCCCACCUGGGGCCCAGAGAGGAGAGGAGAGGAGUCUUCCGGGCAUUUCCUGGUCGCUGCCACAGGUACAGCGGCUGGGGGAGGUGGGGGCCUGAUCUUGGCCAGUCCAAAGCUGGGAGCAACCCCAUUACCUCCAGAAUCGACCCCUGCACCCCCUCCUCCUCCACCACCCCCUCCGCCCCCAGGUGUAGGCAGCGGCCACUUGAACAUCCCCCUGAUCCUAGAAGAGCUACGGGUGCUACAGCAGCGGCAGAUCCAUCAGAUGCAGAUGACUGAGCAAAUCUGCAGGCAGGUGCUGUUGCUUGGCUCCUUAGGUCAGACGGUGGGUGCCCCUGCCAGUCCCUCAGAGCUACCUGGGACAGGGACUGCCUCUUCCACCAAGCCCCUAUUACCCCUCUUCAGCCCCAUCAAGCCUGUCCAAACCAGCAAGACACUGGCGUCUUCCUCCACCACCUCCUCCUCCUCUUCCUCUUCGGGAGCAGAAACACCUAAGCAGGCGUUCUUCCACCUUUACCACCCGCUGGGGUCACAGCAUCCUUUUUCUGCUGGAGGGGUUGGGCGAAACCACAAACCCACCACUGCCCCCUCCCCAGCCUUGCCAGGCAGCACAGAUCAGCUGAUUGCCUCACCUCAUCUGGCAUUCCCAAGUACCACGGGACUACUGGCAGCACAGUGUCUUGGGGCAGCCCGAGGCCUUGAGGCCACUGCCUCCCCAGGGCUCCUGAAGCCAAAGAAUGGAAGUGGUGAGCUGGGCUAUGGAGAAGUGAUGGGUCCCUUGGAGAAGCCUGGUGGAAGGCACAAAUGCCGCUUCUGCGCCAAAGUAUUUGGCAGUGACAGUGCCCUGCAGAUCCACCUUCGUUCCCACACAGGUGAGAGACCCUAUAAGUGCAAUGUCUGUGGAAACCGCUUUACCACCCGUGGCAACCUCAAAGUGCAUUUCCACCGGCAUCGUGAGAAGUACCCACAUGUGCAGAUGAACCCACACCCAGUACCAGAGCACCUAGACUACGUCAUCACCAGCAGUGGCUUGCCUUAUGGUAUGUCCGUGCCACCAGAGAAGGCUGAGGAGGAGGCAGCCACUCCAGGUGGAGGUGUUGAGCGCAAGCCUCUGGUGGCCUCUACCACAGCACUCAGUGCCACAGAGAGCCUGACUCUGCUCUCCACCAGUGCAGGCACAGCCACUGCCCCAGGACUCCCUGCUUUCAAUAAGUUUGUGCUCAUGAAAGCAGUGGAACCCAAGAAUAAAGCUGAUGAAAACACCCCCCCAGGGAGCGAGGGCUCAGCCAUCAGUGGAGUGGCAGAAAGUAGCACAGCCACUCGCAUGCAGCUAAGUAAGUUGGUGACUUCACUACCAAGCUGGGCACUGCUUACCAACCACUUCAAGUCCACUGGCAGCUUCCCCUUCCCCUAUGUGCUAGAGCCCUUGGGGGCCUCACCCUCUGAGACAUCAAAGCUGCAGCAACUGGUAGAAAAGAUUGACCGACAAGGAGCCGUGGCAGUGACCUCAACUGCCUCAGGAGCCCCCACCACCUCUGCCCCUGCACCUUCAUCCUCAGCCUCUUCUGGACCUAACCAGUGUGUCAUCUGUCUCCGGGUGCUUAGCUGUCCUCGGGCCCUACGCCUUCAUUAUGGCCAACAUGGAGGUGAGAGGCCCUUCAAAUGCAAAGUGUGUGGCCGAGCCUUCUCCACCAGGGGUAAUCUGCGUGCACAUUUCGUGGGCCACAAGGCCAGUCCAGCUGCCCGGGCACAGAACUCCUGCCCCAUCUGCCAGAAGAAGUUCACCAAUGCUGUCACUCUGCAGCAACACGUUCGGAUGCACCUGGGAGGCCAGAUCCCCAACGGUGGUACUGUACUCCCUGAAGGUGGAGGAGCUGCCCAGGAGAAUGGCUCCGAGCAAUCUACAGUCUCCGGGGCAGGGAGCUUCCCCCAGCAGCAGUCCCAGCAGCCAUCACCGGAAGAGGAGUUGUCCGAGGAGGAGGAAGAGGAGGAUGAGGAAGAAGAGGAAGAUGUGACUGAUGAAGACUCCCUAGCAGGGAGAGGCUCAGAGAGUGGAGGUGAGAAGGCAAUAUCAGUGAGAGGUGAUUCAGAAGAGGCAUCUGGGCCAGAGGAGGAGGUGGGGACAGUGUCCACAGCAGCCACAGCUGGGAAGGAGAUGGACAGUAAUGAGAAAGCUCCUCAACAGUCUUCUCUGCCACCACCACCGGCACCUGACAGCCUGGAUCAGCCUCAGCCAAUGGAGCAGGGAAGCCGUGAUGUUUCAGGAGGCAAGGAAGAGGGGGGCAAACCAGAGAGAAGCUCAAGCCCAGCAUCAGCACUCACCCCAGAAGGAGAAGGCACCAGCGUGACCUUGGUGGAGGAGCUAAGUCUGCAGGAGGCAAUGAGAAAGGAGCCAGGAGAGAGCAGCAGCAGAAAGGCCUGCGAAGUUUGUGGCCAGGCCUUUCCCUCCCAGACAGCUCUGGAGGAGCAUCAGAAGACCCAUCCCAAGGAGGGGCCGCUCUUCACUUGUGUUUUCUGCAGGCAGGGCUUUCUUGAGCGGGCUACCCUCAAGAAGCAUAUGCUACUGACACACCACCAGGUACAGCCCUUUGCCCCUCAUGGCCCUCAGAAUAUUGCUGCUCUGUCUUUAGUCCCUGGCUGUUCACCUUCCAUCAGCUCCCCAGGGCUCUCCCCCUUUUCCCGAAAAGACGACCCCACGAUUCCAUGAGCCUGUUUUUCUGUACCUGCUCCUCUUUGUCCCACAGAGCAGAAACAGCUUCACAGAAGGACCUCCCCGCUUUAUGAGCCCUGAUUUUGACUUUUUUCUCUUAGUUCUUAACAUGAUGUGUCCCUAGUGGCUUUUCUCUAGUCCCUGAGCUUGGAAAUUACUGUGCUUACAAGGGGAUGUCCCCCUAAGGAAUUUUUCUUCCCUCCUCUUUCUUUGUACCUGAGGAAAAUAGAUUCCCUACAGCUUUCUCAAGGGAACCCUCUUCAGCUUCCCUGGUAUGACCCUCUUCCCCUCCUCUGUCCCUCUCCCUUUCCCUUUGGCAGGUGCACCUGAGCACCUACAGCUGGAAUUGCAGCCUAACCCAAAAGGGCUGGCAGCUGUCUCUGGAGGACCCAGUGCCACUCCUCUGGGGUGACCUUUCUGCUCAGCUGGUGGGUGUGGGUCCCCUAUCUUUCUAGAACCAGUACGUGGCAUUCCUGUUAAGUGGCCUGCCCAUGAAGCCCUGGAAUUCUAGCUCCACCUCCACUACCACUCCAAGCCCGGCCCCACCAGUGCUGUUUGGCCUAGGAACUGUGGCUGGGAAGGCACCUCCAACAAUGGGAUCCAGAGAGGCCAAGGAGAAGACAGCCCCCCUCCUAUUUCAGCCUCCUGCACCCAAGGCAGUGCCUGAGAAGCCCAUCGUAGACAAGAAGUAGCAAACUGUACAUCCCUUCUCCCUCCCCCUGCUCCAGAAGGUGCCGGUACUGAAGAUGCUCCAGUAAUUAGUGACAUAACCCUAGCAAGUAGGGAGAAAUGAAGGGCGCAGGACAAUUUUCCCAGUAAAUCCCUUGAUGGUCACAUUAAGGCAAAGGUGUUGGGUGUGCCAAGACCUCUCCAGCUUCUCAUUCAUCAUGGCCUCUCAAAGCUGGAAAAAAAUUUUUUUGCCAAGAGGUCUUCCAGAAGAUAUUUGGGAAAUGUGAAGUUAAUUCCUAUCUUUAAGGAGCAUUGUUGGUCAGCAUGGUUGAUGAAGUAAUGAUGAGAGGAGCGUUAAGGAAUGUUGCUAAAACAGGGCUUGCUGACACCUAUGUGACUAAGAAGGUACAUGAUGUAAGGGAAAGGGCCUCAAAUUCUUGUGAAUGUGGGCAUUCUGGGUAAUAUUCUUUCGGGCUAAUAGUGGACAUAGUGUGCAGAGGUGUACCAGGGAUCAUGGGGGAUUUCCUAGCACUAGUAUGCUUCUAGUUUUAGAUAGCUCCCUCCUUUAUUCCCUGGCCCCUUGUAUUUUCCUUACCUUCCUCUUUCAAGACCCCUAUCCUCCCCAUUUUGCCUAUCCAUAGGCUAGGGCUUGUGUCUUUGCCAUUGUUUGGUUCUUAGAGUCCCAGACUUUGGGAGACCAGCUCCAGGUGAUGUCCUCCCUGCUUCUCUGUCUUGUAAUGAGAUGUAGUAUUUACUCUUAACAUAGGAUCAUUUGGAACAGGAGUUCUGAGGAGGAGAGAGCGAGGGUUUUGCGACUGACUGACUUGAACGGUUGCUUCUCCUCAAGCUGUAGGCUCCAGAGCUUCCUAACAUAGUAAAAUGUCAAGAACAGACAGGGGAGAUAUUAGUGUCUUUCCCUCUAUCAUUAAAGGUGUUUUAACCAAA